AGAAAAUAAACGAACUAGCGAAUCAAAAUGGCAGCCCCCAUAGGACGAGAAGCGUUACCAAUACACGGUUUCAAAAAUGACAUAAUCAAAUCCAUUCGUGACUCAAGAGCUCUAGUCAUAGUGGGAGAAACUGGAAGCGGUAAAACUACACAACUACCCCAAUUCUUAUAUGAAUCUGGUUUCCACAAGUAUGGGACUAUUGGGGUGACACAGCCAAGGCGUGUGGCAGCCAUGUCUGUUGCAUCAAGAGUUGCAGAAGAGAUGAAAUGUAAGGUUGGGGGUCAAGUUGGAUACCAAGUCAGAUUCAAUGAUUGUACAUCAGAUGAGACUGUAAUCAAGUACCUGACUGAUGGAUGUCUUCUAAGGGAGUUUCUAAGAGACAGAGAACUCACUCAGUACAGUGUUAUUGUUCUUGAUGAGGCACAUGAAAGGAGUUUAGAUACACUUAUGCCGUUGACAUAA